CCCGCGCCCUCCCUCGACGCGGCCUCCUUCCCGGCGGACGCGAUCCACCCCACCAGCCGGCUGAUCCCCGUGCUGCUGGACGACGGGGCCACCGACUCCGACGUGUCCGUAUCCUUGUCCAGCAGCACGCUGGCGGCGCGGCUGCGCGACGACCACGGCGUGGCGGCCCUCGACGUCGUGCUGGCCAACGCGGGCGGGUCGACGGCCAUGACGGGCGUGCUUGAUACCGAUCCGGACGAGAUGGCGCGCGAUUUCGUGGUCAAUGCCGCGGGGUCGGCCAGGCUGUUCCAGGCGGUCUGGCCGUUGCUGAAGCGCAGCGACGGGUCGGAGCGGGGCUUGGGGAAGUUUGUGUACGUGUCGAGUACCCUGGGGAGCAUCGGGAUCUUGCACCAGGAGAGUAUGCCGGGCGUGGCGUAUGGCAUGAGUAAGGCGGCGGCGAACUGGUUUACGAAGAAGGUCAGUGUGGAGCUCAAGGGGCAGGUGGUGGCGGGGGUUGUGCAUCCCGGAUGGGUGCAGACGGACUUGGGCCAGUCGCUGGCUGAUGCGAUCGGGUUCAAGGAGCCGCCGCUGACGGUGGAGGCGAGCGCUAAGGGUGUUGUUGAACAGAUUGACAACUGGACUCCUGAGAAGUCGGGCCAGUUUCUCUCCUACGACGGCCGGCUUCUGCCUUGGUAG